CUCGGCGCCGGGGCGGUGCCCAGCCUGUGGCGCCGGGAGGCUGUGCGAUGGCGGCAGGUGCUAAAACCAUCCAUACCAAAUACCUGGAACUUUGAAAGUUUUACUGACCUAAAGCUACAUAACGUAAUAUUGUUAUGCUAAUGCUGUAUCAGCAAAUGGAAUACAAUUUACAAGAUGCCAACUGGUGAAGAUCUGAGUCCUGAACAGAACUUCAUUGCACAUUGGAUGUCCGAUAGUUCCCGUGCUGGAGUCUUAUUAGAUCCUAAUUUUAUCAGUUUGAAAAUCAACAAAGAAAAUUUAUUAUCUGGACCUGGAAACAUCACAGCUUUCCCUGCUGAAGGGUUGCGUCUUUCAGACAGCUGUUCUUUAAGUGAUGACUCCUUGUGUGAAGAAGAGUCUGGCACCUUGUGUACGCUUCAGCAAUAUGCCCCUGAAACAUCUUCUCCCAUGGCAGCAUAUAAUGUAGAAGCCUCUAAAACAGACUUUGUCCAUGGUGAAGUGGAUGGUCAGAAUAAAUCCGAUCACAGCGAUCCACUCUUACAAAAGCUUGAACAGCUGAGGGAAUUGCAACAACAGAAACAGGAACAGCUAAAGAAACAACAGAUGGAACAACUUCAAAGGCUAAUGGAAGAGCAGCAGAAGCUACUUAGCAUGGUAACUGGCCAGACAGCAGUUCUUGGAAAAACCAUACGGUGUCCAGAACAGAACAUGGAAAUAUUAAUGGAGAGUGAAGAUCAUCACAUUGAUCCUUUAUGUGUGGAAAGUGCAGAUCUCUCUGAAAAUUCCAGCGGAGGAAAGCAUUUGUGGACUAAUACAGAGGAAAGACCUAUUAAAGCUGCAAUUCAGGACAAGAAACAGACAUUUGAAGAAUUUCUGGAAGAACAGAUAAAACUAGAAGAGCAGCGUCGGGAGCAAAACCAGACAUUACAGGAGACAAAUGGAUCAGCCAUUCAGAAACCAGUGAUCAAACGACCCUUCCUGAAAAGAGGAGAAGGCUUAACAAGAUUCAGUAAUGCCAAAUCUAAAAUUACGAAACUUGGAGAAAGCACCCCAAAACUUCAACAAAGAGCUUCAGAUGACAGAAAUGCUAUUAAAGUGGACAGAUCACAAAUGCAGAAGAAAAUUAUGCCUCCUGGCAAAGAGCUGGUUCCUGAGAACCCGUUUGCACCGUGCAAAAAAUAUAACCACCCUGAUAAAGCAAAACAUUGCACUAUUCAGAAGAAGCUGGUACUCGGGAAUCACAAUGAAAAAAGUAUCUUGCCAUUAGAAACAAGAAUGCAACCAGGAAAAAAUCAUGAUGGGGAGAUGAGAGAUUCUUUCCCAUCAGAAAUUAACAACAAAAUAGAAAAUAAAGAGAACAUAGUAGAAUUUGCUAAGUCUGAUACUGGCAAAACUGGAAACAAAUUACCUGGCACAGAAAAGCCUCGGUUGUCUCAGGAGCUGGCCAGUACCUUUUCUAAUUCUAAAUGUCAUAUAGGUCAUCCUGUAAAAGAUCCAGAACUGUCUUUUGAAGUUUCAUUUCAGAACAAGAUGGAAAACUGGGAAAAAGAAAAAGAAAAAGAGAAUAUAGAAUUAGAUGAAUUUUUGUUUCUAGAACAAGCUGCAGAUGAAAUAUCUUUCUCAAGUAAUUCCUCUUUUGUGCAAAGGAUCUUAGAUCAAGAUCGGCAAACUUUAAAAGGCCGUAGAAUGUCUUCUACCCCUAUCAAGGCAAAACAGCAGCAAGUAAAGGCGCUGGCUGUUGAACUUAUAAAUAGGAGAAAUAAAAAGGCAGACUGUAUGGCACAGGGAAAUAUAAAUGAUAGAGCAAUUACGCAUACAGUCUCAAAUUCAGAAACAGCUUUUAAAAUGAAGGAUCCACUGAAUAAAACGGACAGUGUAAUAUUUUCAGCUUCUUCCAUGACAGCAGCUCCUGUCUUAAAAAGUAAUCAAUGGACUGUAACUGAAGAUAAGGAUGAGGGAAAUGGUGAUACUACUACAGAUUCAGAGAGUGAAUUUGAGACUACAUUAAAGCAGGAAAAUGAAGGUGCUAAGACAUCAUUAAUGAGCCAUAGAGAAAGUGAUCUGGAAUUUUUUGAUUGUGGAGGUUAUGUUACAGACAUCAGCAAAGAAAGCAAAAAUGGAGAUGCUGGCCUUGGCUUGUCAGACAAAGAUUGCAGUGCGCUAUCGAAGCAGAAGAUUAGAAAAACUUCAGACCAUCAGAGAAGCAUAUCUUGUAUAAGCAGGAGUAAGUUUGAGUUUGAUGAUGAAAGAACAUGGAGUGAUCUUGAUGAAAAUUAUGUUAACAAUGAUUUACCUGAAAAACAUAGCAAAAUACCUCUACAGACAGAGUUUUCCAGUAAGAAUGAUACAACUGUCCCAGAUAAAGCAAUGAAGAGAAAAGUUGCCUCAAAGAGGGGAGAUGAAAUGUCCAAAGACUCUGCAGUGGACAGUGAUUCAAAUGAACCUCCUGUGUCAAACCUGAUGAUGAAACUGUUUCCUUCACUGAAACCGAAACAGAAGGCAGGCUGUCGUUCGGAGCGCGAAAUCAUAUCAAAUGUGGAACAGGUGCCAGGAGGAAACACUGUUCCAUCCCAGGUACUGAGAGAGAGACUCACUGAAUUGGAAGCUGAAAUAGAGAGAUUCAGAGCUGAAAACACAACUCUAACUAAACUCCGUGAAGAAAGAGAGCAUGCCUUGGCAAGUAUCAGGAAAGAAAUUACAGACUUUCAACAGCAGAAAGCCCGAGAACUGGCUGAAAUAGAAGAAUAUAAAAAAAAGGAAAUGAAAAAGCUGCAAAAGGAGCGUAAAGUUUUUGAAAAAUAUACCACAGAAGCUAAAGCAAUUCCAGAUAAAAAAGAACGUGAUGAAAUUCAGGCUUUGAAACAGCAAAUUGCAGAGUUACAGGAAGAUUUAAAACGAAAAGAGGGAAAAUGGUCAACCACCCAUCGACGCUUGAAAGAUCAAAUAGAAGCUUUAGUAAAUGAGAAUAUGGAGCUAAAGGAGGAAGUCAAAAUUAUGGAGAGGUUUCGUCUAGAAGCCUGGAAGAAAGUAGAAGCUGCUGGAAGCAAGAAGAAAAUAGAAAAUGCUGGGAUGACUCUAAAAAGAGCAGAAUCUUGUCUAUCAAAUAGAGGCCCAAAAAGUCAAACUGCAUCUCUGCUUCUUCCAGUACAGAAGUGCAGCAAGAUAAACGGCAAAAGUUAUUCACAGGCAAAAGGAAAGCUUUCUAGAACACCUGCAUCAGCACCUGCUAAUGACAGAAGCGACUCUGAGACAAUGAUGGCAACAGAAGAUUCUUCUAGGACUUUUAUGGUAGACAUCUCUCCUAACGAAGGUCAUGUGUCAUCAUCUGGACCUGCAUAUACAGACAGUGAAGAGAUACAGAGAGAAACUGCUUAUCCUGAUGGAAAGGUUGAAAAGGUUUUGAAAAAUGGUUGUCAUCUCAUAUUUUUCCCCAAUGGGACAUGGAAAAAAGUGGAUUCUGAUGGGAAGACCAUAACUAUAACCUUCUUCAAUGGGGAUGUGAAGCAGGUUAUGCCUGAUCAAACAGUGAUUUAUUACUAUGCUGAUGCUAAGACUACACAUACUACAUACUCUGAUGGCUUAGAGGUCUUGCAUUUUCCAAAUGGACAAAUAGAGAAGCAUUAUCCUGAUGGCAAGAAAGAAAUUACUUUCCCUGAUCAAACUAUCAAAAACUUAUUUACGGACGGGCAAGAAGAAAGUAUCUUUCCAGAUGGUACCAUUGUUCGUAUCCAGCGAGAUGGAAGCAAAACAAUAGAGUUCAAUAAUGGCCAGAGAGAGCUACACACAUCACAGUUCAAGAGACGGGAGUACCCGGAUGGUACUGUCAAGACCGUGUACCUGAAUGGACAGCAGGAAACCAAGUAUGUCUCUGGGAGAGUAAGAGUAAAGGACAAGGAUGGUAAUAUUAUCAUGGACACAAAGUUGUAGGUGAUGCCAGAACUGCUGGAAGUGUUAGCACAUGAGCAAAAAUAAUGUACAUUCCUGUAAACAAGAAGAAAAAACCCUUUAAACUUGUUACGUGUAUAUUGUUUAUAGUUUUCCUGGAAUAAAUUUAUUUUUCAGUGGGUGUUACUAUAUCAGA